AUGUCUUUGGUUGAUGUGUUCAUCAUUGGCGGUGGUCCCUCGGGUCUUUCUGCGGCCCUGACUCUGGUCCGCCAGAAACAUUCUGUUCUUCUAUUCGACACCAGCGAGUGUCGCGCUGCGCCAUCUUACUUGCUCCAUGGCCAUAGUUGCUCGGACUACCAGUCCCCGGCGGACUACCUCAAGCACGCUCGCGGUGAACUGGAGGCCUACUCAAGUUUCAUCCUGAGUAGUGCCGACAUCACAAGCUUGGCCCAGAUCGAUGGCGGAUUCCAAGCCACCGACAAGACUGGAACGAAAUACAUGGGCAAGAAAGUCAUCUUGGCUAAUGGGGUUGUCAGCGUGUUCCCUAACAUUCCGGGUUAUGUGGACUGCUGGGGCAAGGGGAUCUUCCACAACCUCUUCGCGCAGGCCUAUCAGGAAGAUACGUCGAAAGUCCACGCCGGCGUGCUUGCUGUCGACUGGAUCGCAAUGCCGCAGUUCACCUUCCACAUAUCGCACUUGGCCACGCAGCUGGCCAACUCGGUUACCAUCUACACGCAUGGGAACGAAGAGCUGGCAGCCACCCUUGCACCGACCCUCGAGGGCAAGCCAUGGAAGACCGACACUCGCAAGAUCGCCAAGCUGGCACUCAAGUCACCCGGCGGCACCGCGGUCGAAAUCACGUUCGAGGAUGGCAGCACGGCCACGGAGGCGUUCAUCGGCCACAGCCCGAUGGCGAGGGUUCGCGGUCCUUUUGCCGAACAGCUGGGCCUCAAGCUAUCGCAGAGCGGCGGCGAAUACGAGGUUUUUGGACCUUUCAACCGCACGAGCGUGAAAGGCGUGUUCGCGGCUGGCGAUACCGUCAAUAUGUUCAAGGUAUGGUCGAACGCUGUUGCGAGCGGAGCGCAGACGGCGUCGGGUGUCGCGGUCAAUUUGCAGGAGGAAAAGUGGAAUCUUCCGCCCAUUUUCCCUUCGGAGUAG